GCGGUUAAAGAAUUAAAAGAGACCGUUAAGAGCCACGAACAGAAAAUAAUUUAUCUUCAAUCUCCCGAGCAUAUAGAAAACUCUAUUCGGGUGAAGAAAUUGGAGGAGGAAAAAAAGGAACUAAAUAAUAAAUACCAGAGCAAAAUAGAUAAUUUACAGACUCAAAAUCAAGACUUACAAAAACAAAUUCUUGCUAAACAAGAACAAAUUCAAAAUUUAGUAUUAAGACAAAAAGGGCAAGGGAAAGGACAAGAUUUUGAGAAGUGGUUUUAUGAGGAAUUGGUUAAAGUGUUUGAUGGUCAGGAUAGAAUUACCGAUGUAAGUAAAGGUCAAGCAGGAACCGGAAAAAGAGCUGACUUUCUCCAAGAAGUUUUAACCGAAGUUGAACCAAAAAAGGUGGUCGGGCGAAUUGUUUAUGAGACCAAAAAUACUGAAAAAUGA